AUGGCUGCAAAUUUGAGGAAUGUCGUCGUCCUUGGCGGAUCGUAUGUUGGUCUCGCGGCGGUUAACGAGCUGGUCACAGCACUCCCAAAGACCCAUCGUGUGCUCCUAGUCGAGCCACACACCCACUUCCAUCACUUAUUCGCCUUUCCCCGAUUUGCUGUACUGCCUAGUCAUGAGCACAAGGCAUUCAUCCCUUACACGGGUGCAUUUGCAACUGCUACGGACCCAUCCGCGCAUUCCAUCAUUACAGCCAAAGCCAUCUCCCUUACCAAGGAGCAUGUGGUACUCGACCGCGACUGGCAAGGAUCCUCCAAGGUACCCUUUGACUUUGUGGUCGUUACUACCGGCACACGCCUGUCGCCUCCGGGGACCAUGCUGCAGGACGAUAAGCCGUCCUCCAUUGGCUAUUUCAAGGACUAUCAGCGGAAAGUGAAGAGCGCGAAGUCUAUUGCAAUUGUAGGAGGAGGCGCCGUCGGCGUGCAAAUGGCUACAGAUCUAAAGGAGCUCUAUCCUGAAAAGAAAAUAACUCUUAUCCAUUCGCGUGACCGUUUGAUGCCACUGUACCAUCCGAGAAUGGACGAGAUCAUUCGGGAGCGUUGCAAGGAGCUCGGAGUCGAGUUAGCCACUGGGAGCCGGGCUGUGGUGCCUGCCAAUGGAUUUCCGACAGAUGGCAGUGAAUUCGAGGUGGAAUUGCAGGACGGACGCAAGAUUGCAGCUGACCUGAUCAUCCCAGCGACGGGACAGAGCCCAAAUAAUCAGUUCCUCCGCGAUCUCGAGCCGACGCCCGGUGGCUCGAUCCUGAACCCGGCGAAUGGCUUCAUCAAUGUACUGCCUACUCUGCAAUUCAAGGACCCCAAGUACUCGCACUUCUUCGCUGCGGGCGACGUUGCCGACAGUGGAGCUCACAAAGCCGCUCGUCCGGGAAUUGGACAGGCGCGCGUUGUUUCCGAGAACAUUGUCGCCAUGAUUGCGGGCAAGCCGCCGAUUGAGAGCAUCGUCGUCUCACCUCCAGCGAUCCAUCUCACUCUGGGACUGAGAAAGAAUAUGAUCUUCCGCAAUCCAGAAAAGGGCCAAUCGGAGCCUGUGGUCAACAUGAAAGACGACGGGGUAGAGGACAUGGGGGUUCACCGGAUCUGGGAGAGGAGAGGCGUCACGGUCAACACGAGCAACGAUUACCACCUGUAG